GGUAAAAUAGUAAUUAUUGUGUCGUUUCUCUAAUCAGAAGCCUCUACAUUUCUGUUCCACUAUAAACAGAGGAAGCCAUGGCCGAGAAGCUCCGAGCCUCGCACUUCUUAGUCUCUUUAUUGAUAGGUUUUUAGGGUUUUCAUCGAUUUUUAGGGCUUUCAGAGAAUGAAGAUUCUUCACAUUCCUUGCUUGGAAGACAACUACGCAUAUCUGAUUUUGGAUGAGAAAACCAGAGAAGCUGCGGUUGUUGAUCCAGUUGAGCCUGAGAAGGUCUUGAAAGUUGCAGAAGCUGUUCAUGCAGACAUAAAGCUUGUUCUCACUACUCAUCAUCACUGGGAUCAUGCUGGAGGAAAUGACAAAAUAAAGGAAUUGGUACCUGGAAUAAAAGUUUAUGGGGGAGCAUUGGACAAUGUGAGGGGUUUUACUAAUAAAUUGGAAAGUGGUGAUAAGCUCUCUUUUGGAAGUGAUGUCAAUGUCUUGGCUCUUCACACUCCAUGCCACACCAAAGGCCAUAUAAGUUAUUUUGUAACAAGCAAAGAGGAUGAUGAUCAAGCUGUUUUCACUGGGGAUACAUUGUUUGUAGCUGGUUGUGGAAAGUUUUUUGAAGGCACUGCAGACCAGAUGUAUAAGUCAUUGUGUGUGACAUUGGGUUCUUUGCCAAAACCUACUCGAGUUUACUGUGGCCAUGAGUAUACAGUAAAGAACCUGCAAUUUGCGAAAACUGUCGAGCCAGAGAAUGAGAGGAUAGAAAAGAAGCUUGCAUGGGCCAUGGAGCAACGCAAGGCCAACGAGCCAACCAUCCCUUCGACAAUUGAGGACGAGCUCGAGACCAACCCAUUUAUGCGUGUUGAUCUUCCUCAACUCCAGGCGCAUCUGGGUUAUAGCUCACCAGUUGAAGCUCUAACGGAGUUGAGGCAGAAGAAAGAUAACUGGAGAGGCUAGGGCAGGUACUUGGAGAGAGAGAGAGACCCAUGUGAAUUUAUGAUUUCAUGUGACUGGUAUGAAUAGGGAAGUCAAUGCUCGAGUGCUGUUGUAUAUGAAAAUCUCUGAUGUGUUUCUGAGAGAGAGUGAGAGAGAGAUGUAUUUGAACAUCUCUGAUGUGUUUCUGAGAGAGAGAGAUGUAUAUGAAAAUCUCUGAUGUGUUACUGUGAGAGAGAGAGAGAGAUGUAUAUGAAAAUCUCUGAUGUGUUUCUGUGUGUUUUGUGUGCCUGCACACGCACGCAUGUGAGAGAGAGAAAGAAAGAGGCAUAUGAAAA